GUGUGCGCGCGUGUCUCUGUGUGUGUGUGUGUGUGUGUGUGUGUGUGUGUGUGUGUGUGUGCCCGCGUGUGCACGCUCCGCGCCGGGGCUUUGUGCGAGCUGCGCGCAGCAGCGGUAGGAGGGGACAGAGCCGCUCCGCACCGCACCGGCAGCCCCGGCUCCGCAGGUGCCUCCCGACCGCCACCGGCACCGGCCCCGGCCCCGGCGGGACGGGCGCCCUACGAUGAGCCCCGGGCCGGAGCCCCCUGCCCCGCUGCCCCUGGGGCCGUAGGGCCGAGCCCCUACCCCCCCCCCUCCCCCCCGCCCCAGUCCCCCCCCGACGAUGCCCCGGCUCUGGGCGGCUCUGGGCGGCGUGCUCUGGGAGUACUGCGCUGCGCUCCUGCUUGGCGGCUUCUGGGGCCAGGGCUCGCAGGGGAUGCCGCAUGUCAUCCGCAUCGGAGGAAUCUUUGAGUACGCAGAUGGCCCCAACACGCAGGUUAUGAGUGCCGAGGAGCAAGCCUUUCGAUUUUCCGCCAAUAUUAUCAACAGAAACAGAACCUUGCUGCCUAACACAACGCUCACCUACGACAUCCAGCGGAUACACUUCCACGACAGCUUUGAAGCAACCAAGAAAGCCUGCGACCAGCUCGCCCUCGGGGUCGUAGCGAUAUUUGGCCCGUCCCAAGGCUCCUGCACCAACGCCGUCCAGUCCAUCUGCAAUGCCCUGGAGGUCCCCCACAUCCAGCUGCGGUGGAAGCACCACCCGCUGGACAACAAGGACACGUUCUACGUCAACCUGUAUCCCGACUACUCUUCCCUCAGCCACGCCAUCCUGGACCUGGUGCAGUACCUGAAAUGGAGGUCAGCCACCGUGGUGUACGAUGACAGCACAGGCCUGAUUCGGCUGCAGGAGUUGAUCAUGGCCCCGUCGAGGUACAACAUCCGCCUGAAAAUCCGCCAGCUGCCGCUGGACACGGACGACGCGCGGCCGUUGCUGAAGGAGAUGAAGCGGGGCCGGGAGUUCCGCAUCAUCUUCGACUGCAGCCACCUGAUGGCGGCUCAGAUCCUCAAGCAGGCCAUGGCGAUGGGAAUGAUGACAGAAUACUACCACUUCAUCUUCACCACUCUGGAUCUUUAUGCAUUAGACCUAGAACCAUACCGCUACUCUGGGGUGAACCUGACCGGCUUCCGGAUCCUCAACGUGGAGAACCCACACGUGUCGUCCAUCAUCGAGAAGUGGUCCAUGGAGCGGCUGCAGUCAGCGCCCAAGGCGGAGCUGGGGCUGCUCGACGGCGUGAUGAUGACAGACGCUGCCCUGUUGUACGACGCGGUCCACGUGGUCUCCGUGUGCUACCAGCGAGCCCCCCAGAUGACCGUCAACUCCCUGCAGUGCCACCGGCACAAAGCCUGGAGGUUCGGUGGCCGCUUCAUGAAUUUUAUAAAAGAGGCCCAAUGGGAAGGAUUAACUGGACGAAUUGUCUUUAACAAAAGCAGUGGCUUACGGACGGAUUUUGACUUGGACAUCAUCAGCCUCAAAGAAGACGGUCUCGAAAAGGUUGGCACGUGGAACCCUUCCAACGGUCUGAACAUCACCGAAAUUGCCAAGGGACGAGGGCCCAACGUCACGGACUCGCUCAGCAACAGAUCUCUCAUUGUCACCACUGUCCUGGAGGAGCCCUUCGUCAUGUUCCGCAAGUCCGACACCGCCCUCUUUGGGAACGACCGCUUUGAGGGCUACUGCAUCGACCUGCUGAAGGAGCUGGCCAUCAUCCUGGGCUUCACCUACGAGAUCCGCCUGGUGGAGGAUGGGAAAUACGGCGCGCAGGACGACAAGGGGCAGUGGAACGGCAUGAUCAAGGAGCUCAUAGACCACAAAGCUGACCUGGCCGUCGCUCCUCUCACCAUCACCCACGUCCGGGAGAAAGCCAUCGACUUCUCCAAGCCCUUCAUGACCCUGGGGGUCAGCAUUUUGUACCGCAAGCCCAACGGGACCAACCCCAGCGUGUUCUCCUUCCUCAACCCCUUGUCUCCCGACAUCUGGAUGUACAUCCUCCUCGCCUACCUGGGGGUCAGCUGCGUGCUCUUUGUCAUAGCCAGGUUCAGCCCAUACGAGUGGUAUGACGCUCAUCCCUGUAACCCCGGGUCGGACAUCGUGGAGAACAACUUCACCCUGCUCAACAGCUUCUGGUUCGGGAUGGGCGCGCUGAUGCAGCAAGGCUCGGAGCUGAUGCCCAAAGCUCUGUCUACACGGAUCAUUGGUGGCAUAUGGUGGUUCUUCACCCUAAUUAUCAUCUCGUCCUACACGGCCAACCUUGCCGCCUUCCUGACGGUGGAGAGGAUGGAAUCCCCCAUCGACUCGGCAGACGACUUGGCAAAGCAGACAAAAAUAGAGUACGGAGCAGUGAAGGAUGGAGCUACCAUGACCUUCUUCAAGAAAUCCAAAAUUUCCACAUUUGAAAAAAUGUGGGCCUUCAUGAGCAGCAAACCCACGGCACUGGUUAAAAGCAACGAGGAAGGCAUCCAGCGAACCCUCACGGCCGACUACGCCCUCCUGAUGGAGUCGACCACCAUCGAGUACAUCACCCAGAGGAACUGCAACCUGACCCAGAUCGGGGGGCUCAUCGACUCCAAAGGCUACGGCAUUGGGACUCCCAUGGGCUCCCCGUACCGGGACAAGAUCACCAUCGCCAUCCUCCAGCUGCAGGAGGAGGACAAGCUGCACGUGAUGAAGGAGAAGUGGUGGCGGGGCAACGGCUGCCCUGAGGACGAGAACAAGGAGGCCAGCGCUCUGGGCAUCCAAAACAUCGGUGGGAUUUUCAUCGUUUUGGCAGCAGGCCUGGUGCUCUCAGUCUUCGUGGCCAUGGUGGAGUUCAUCUACAAGCUGCGCAAGACGGCGGAGCGCGAGCAGCGCUCCUUCUGCAGCGCCAUGGCCGACGAGAUCCGGCUGUCGCUCACCUGCCAGCGGCGGGUCAAGCACAAGCCCCAGCCCCCCGUCAUGGUGAAGACGGACGCCGUGAUCAACAUGCACACCUUCAACGACCGACGGCUGCCAGGGAAGGACAACAUGACCUGCAACACUGGAUUGACGCCCGUGUUUCCCUAGGGAAUGGGACCUGGGGGGCGGGAGGGAAGGAAUCGUGUCAGUCAAAGCUGGAUGCACUCUGAACUAGGGAAGAAAGGAUUAAAAAAAAAAAAAAAAAAAAGAGAAAAAAAAAAGAGAAAAAAGCUUGGUUUGGUUCAUUUCAAGAUCAAGGCCUUUAAAACACAGCUGCAUCAAUCACCGGCACAGAAGCACCAACUGCAAAGCACGGACUGUAACAUGGGUCUUGGGGCUUUUCCGUUUCAUUUUUGUUAUUUUCCGUUCUUUAUUUUUUUACAGCUUAGGUCCUACAGGCCUCAUGGAGCCCAAACACACUACCAUCCAGGAGUCUGAUGUUUACAUACCGAAAACACACGGAGGCAAAAACGAAUUGAGCCAAACUGACCCUCAGUGGGUAACGAGGAGCCCCUGAGCGAGGCUUCUUUAGCAUGGCAAUAAAAAGAAACACUUUGCCCCUCCGGGUGUGGAGUGAGCAACGGUCCGAGUGAGCACCCGUCCCAAGGUGACGGACACAGCACAUUUAGGGCACGCUGGUCAGGAAUGAGGAACGCGCCUGCGAAGCUCUGCGAUGCUCCAGGCUGCGCCGCACAUCGACGCAGCUCGUGGUGGCCUUUUGCCCCAAAAGCCGUGCUGGCUGGAGUCACCACAGCACCAAGCCCACGCGGGGGCCUGGAGGGAGAAGGCAACAGAAAUGCUCAUCAGUAGACCCGAGACAGCGACCCUGAAGGGGAGAGCAAGCUUGAGUGACCGGAGUCCUGGCCAGAAACGGGACCACGUGUGUGGGGACUGUGCCACCUCUGAGUGCAAGCACCCCAACGCCAGCCCACGGUGACACUGCGGCUCCGUCACGCUCACACUCAGCCCAGGAGAGGACAGUACGCGUGGUUUAGGACUAAAUGCUCCACGUGGCACCGGAGACCUGCGAGGCGAAGCCUCAGCCUGCAGGGCCGGGGCUGGCCUGGGACAAACAGCACUGUGUGAGCCAAACCUGACACCCCCUCGCCCUGCCCGGUGACCUGCAGCCCCGGCAGCAGCAUCUCCAUGCCAUCUACACAAACACGCUAACACCUUUUGAAGAAAUCUUCCCCAGACUGUGUUCUUAUUUUCAGGUUGCUCAGCCCAGGAGGCUGGUCCUGCGGAUGAUCUCGUCACAAUUACCAAAGACCCCUCUGCUGACCGAACGCACCGCCAGAGUGCCACCGCGCCGCUCCGUCCCUCCGCGGAUGAAUUUCUGCCCGGCCAUCUGCAAAGCAAAACCAACGGAAACGGCCCUGCCCCUGGAAACCCAGAACGUCCCGAGGAGUACUGCAAGGUGCUUAAAAGCUCUGCUUCAAACACGGGCACUGACGAAAAGAGCAACCUUUCCCUGCCUCUUCCCCUGGCAGACGUGGCAGCGCCCUGCUGCUGGACACCCCCACGCCCCGAGCCACAAGGCUUUCCGCAGGGUUUGUCUGGGCCCCAAGGGACAAACCUGCUGCAGCCCACUUAAGAGGUUUUUCCCACCUGUUUCUUUCUCAGUCUGUUACAUGAAGGCUAUCUUUGGAGCUGAUCGGAAGUAGCCAACUAGCUGAAGGGGAGAUCUCUACUUUCCACCCCCCAUCACAGACCAUAAUUUGUCCUUAUUUUGUCUUUCCAUGAUGUAAAGAACCAACACAGUGACCCGAAACAAGAAAGCUAGAUUUGUCACAUUGUGACUCGCGUAAAGAUAUGCAAAGAAUUUACAUUUAUUUUCACCUUUUCAUAGAAACCAUGAAAAAUCAGAGUUGAAAGCUGCCAACUCAACGCAAAUCAUCAUCUUCACAGUUUGCUGACCAAACACCUAGAGCAGAGGACGGGCUGGGAAACGUGGUUGUUUCCCAAAGCUAAAGACGUAUUUUCUGUACUUCUCUGCCAAUCCUUAGGCUUGUCGGAGCAGCAGAGGCUAUGUUGUCUUUGCAGAUUUCUAAGCUCUUAGAAAGGGAUUUCUACAAUCACGCCAGAGAUAAAAACAAAGCCUGAAACUGGCUUUAAGUGUCCUGAGAGUAAAAUACCACCAAAAGCCAUUUUGCUUCUCGGCAGUUUUUUACA